AUGCCGCCACGACCUGCAGCGGGCGCCAGCGGCAGGUCGCUAGCAGCUGUCCCCGCGCAGGUUGUCGACGCCCCAGCCCUGGAUAGAGGAGCGGCCUGGGGUCGCAGGGUGCUGGCAGGGUCGGACGAAGAGGAUAGCGAGGAGACAGAGAAGCAUGACACAGAGGAGCAAGAGCAGCGCGAGGCUGAUGAUGACCAUCAUGAUGACGGCGAUGACGACGACGACGAUCACGACCAGGAGAAAGGCAAAGAGCACAAGGAGGAGAAGGAAGCGGAGGAGGGCGGCGGGGCCGGCAGGGGCGGCGAGGGCGGGGGCCCGCGCCUGCAUGGUGGCAAGGAGCCCGAGGAGGUGCAGCUCAUUGCAAUGGCGCCAAAGGCCAACGUCACGUUUGGAGGCGACAUCGACCCGGACGGCGCGUGCAGCGCGGAAAUCAAACUCCACUGCCUGGGCGUCGACCCCGGCGAGGGCGCGCUCGCGGAUUGCAUUGGCGACACGAUGCAGGGGAUGGAUGAGGAGGAUGCGGGCGCCAAGGCAGCUGCUGAGGGCGGCGGCCAGGGGGAGGACGCGCAGGCGGACACCGGGGAGGCGCGCUCCAAGAUCAGCGCCGCGUGCAGGGAGGAAGUGCUUGGGUUCAGGAUCGAGCGCAAUAGCAACAUCAACAAGAACGUGCCCCUGGCGCGCGCGUGUGCGGCAGACGCGGUCAAACACUGCAACGUCACCUGGUUCUUUGGCUACCGCAACGGCAGCGUCAUCUCCUGCCUCAAGACGGCGAAGGCCAAGCUGACGCCGGACUGCCGCAAGCACGUGAGCUGUCUCGCGGCGGGGGCGGCGGGGGCAUGCAGUGGACCUUGA